AAAUACUACAAAGCUCGCAUGUCGGAGAGCUCCAGGGAUCAUGCCAAGAGUGAGCAGGGUGAGCCGAGCUCAAGUCAGUGCCCCCCAGAAGGCAAUGAGGUCCCCUCCUCCUCUACCUCAGGCACAACGGGCAGUUUUGAAUGCAACAUCUGCCUGGAAUCCGCCAAGGAUGCUGUCGUCAGUCGGUGUGGCCACCUCUUCUGUUGGCCCUGCCUUCAUCAGUGGUUUGAGACAGUCCGAUCCCGACCCAGUUGUCCCGUCUGCAAGGCGGCUAUCAGUAGGGACAGCGUGAGUUGA